UCCAAAAAUAUUUGUAAGAGGUAAGGUUCGAACUCCCGACCUCGAACACGAAGGUUUUGCUCCCAACCACUGAAGCAAGAGCUGCCUUCAUUAAUAUAUGCUCACGUGUUAUAUUUAUUAUGUCAUAAGUGACAUAAAUAAAAUAACGGGGAAGACAAGGUUCGAAACCUCAACCUGCCGCACGAAACCUUUGUCCCCCAACCACUGGAGCACAAGCUGUGCUUAAUAUAAUGUGUACAAAUGUUAUACUUAUUAUGUCAUAAGCGAACAUAAUAAAAAUAAACGAGAGGCAAGGUUCGAACCUCUGACCUCUUGUACAAGAGCCUUGCUCUUCAACCACUAGAGCACCAGCUGCUCUCGUUACUAUCCAUGCAACUUCUUUCAUUUAUUCUAUCAUAAGCGAUAGAAUAACAACAAACUGUCGGUACACUCCACGUGCCACGACACGUCUCUUCCGUGAUUUACGGAAAGCAAAUCACUUUCUGCUAAAGCUGUCUGCCACAGCGUCUCGAGGUUCGGCCUGUCCCCUUACACGCUCAACACGCGCCAACAGCUUUUCCGGGUUUCGGGGCGACUUUAAUCCAACGCGUAGAAUGAAUCACAGGAAUCGUCCAUCCAACGGUGGAGAUCUGCUCACCUCGCUCUAUAAAUAGGUGCAUUCUGGAGAAAAACUGUUCACACCAAAGAAAAGAAAUUUUCCCCAGCCAUUCUCUCUCAAACUCUUCAGCCUUCCUCUCGAAACUCAAAUCCUUUCUUCAUCAAUUUCAAUCCUUCUCCUCCCGAUCUUCUCUUCCAUCUGGUAGAUUCAAUCUCUUCUUUUCUCUGAACUUUCAGAUCUCCAACCCACCAUCAUCAUCCUUAAUCCCUUUAACAACAACUCCUUCAAACACCCGACAACUUUACUCUUCGAUCUUCACAUCCCCUCAACCCAUCACCAUGGAACCACGAACUCUGCAACUGAUGGAGCUACAAACCCAGCAACAAAUCGAGGAUGGAGGAAACAACCAAGCAGCCGGGAGUAGUGCCAACACAGAUUUCUGGCGAAGCCGUGCCAGGUGGGUUCCUACUCCAGAUCAAAUAAGGAUCCUCAGGGAUCUUUACUACGACAAGGGAGUUAAGACCCCAACUACAGAGCAGAUUCACGAGAUCUGUCUCCAGCUGCAACAGUAUGGACAGGUUGAGGGCAAGAACAUUUAUUUUUGGUUCCAGAAUGUCAGGGCUCGAGAGAAGCAGAUGAAGAGGUGCAAUCAGGCUGCUCAAGUGCCCAUGGGAACUAGUUCUCCUGGUACUGGUGGAUCCAUUGAUCUCAAUUUUGGGUCCACUGGUUCUACUGGUGCUGGUGGAUCCAUCGACAUCAAUUUUGGGCCAGCUGGUGGAUCCAUUGACAUCAAUUUUGGGUCCACUAGUUCUACUGGUGCUGGUGGAUCCAUUGAUCUCAAUUUUGGUUCCACUGCUUCUACUGGAGGACAAUCUUCCAUGGAACAACGAGGAGGAGUUCGCCAGGAGUUUGAAACUCUUCCUCUGUUCCCCGUGCACGGCGAGGACGUCUAUGGUAACCCGAAGACUACUUCCGAGGAAGGUAGCGCAUAUGAUUACUAUUUCGGUGGCGCAGGCGGUUACAACCGUGGAUCUCCAGUUUCUCUUGAGCUCAGCCUCAACCCAUCCGGAGCUACUGAUUAGGCUUAGUAUAGCGUAGUUCCAAUUUCCUUUUUGUAAUAUUAAAUCAAUAAGAUGGUGUGCAUGUUCUCUUUUCUUUUUGUUUAACCAACAACAACACCAAGGAUCGAACCUUGGUCACCCAAUACUAUUUUCAAAACCAUAAACAACUCUACUGCACACAUCUUUCAUAAUGAUGCAAUAAAAACAAUCACUCAAAAAGAAUCCAACAAUCAAUUAAGUCGCAUCGAGGUCUAGCUAGUAUCCUCUGAGUCAAACCAAACACAAACAAUUUCAUCGAUAGGAUUAGGGAUUUAUAAAGCUAAACACAUCCUGAGUUAGCUAGGAAAAACCCACGUCUUUAGAGUUACUCUUACAAAUCUUAUAAAAUCUCAACCAUUUCCUCUAUUAAUUGCUCCAUUAAACUUACCACAAUUCAUACCCUAUGAAUUUACGAUUUAGAAACCGAAUCAAACUCCAUAUCGCAUAGUAAUUCACUUGAACCACUAUGGAUACCCAACAAUGUCACUACAAUCAAUACCCAAAAUUGCACUUAACCAUUUCUCCUAAAAUCCAUCACCACAGAAACACACCCUCAUCUAAUAACAUUUACAGAGAGUUGACUCUAAAUCUCCCCAUUAUUUACCGACCAAGAUCAAACUCCAUUUCAAAACUUUAAGUGUCCCGCCUACUUAAACUUAAAACACAAACAACCUCAAAUUCACUUCAGUCCAACUCCAUACUACGAUCCAAAACUUAAGAAAACUAGUUCACAAA